AUGGUGAUAUCUCAAAAACUAUAUCUGGAAAGUUCUCGAAAAUUGGUGAGUCGAUUCAGUCGAGUCCUUUCCGUCAAAACCAAAAACAAAUCAUUCAUUUUAUCGAAAGCUAAAAAAGAUAAAGAAAUCAAACGGAAAACCGAUGAACCAAACGAUGACUUAGAGAUUGUCAACGAAGACGGAUCUGUUGUCAAGUCGUCGACGAAGAAUAAGAAGAGUAAAAGCGAUGAAAGCAAUAGCAAAGAGAGUAGCAGUAAAUUAAAGCUCAGUAAAUACGAGUGGGAAGUGUUGAACAAAAUGAAACCCAAAGCCGAAGACAGGGAUAGGGAACGGAUGUUGUGUUCGGUCGCCACCAAAGGUGUUGUCCAACUGUUUAAUGCCGUUCGGGAACAGCAGAAGACCAUUGAAACGAAACUCACUGAAGUCGGCUCUUCAGAGACCAAAAGAGACAAAAUGAUGACUCAAUUCAAUAAAAAUCAAUUCCUCGAUAAACUCAAACGAAAGGACACUUCAACUAAAACAAAUGAAUCGGAAAAACGAGAAUCUGAUGAACAGAAGUGGAAAGUAUUGAGGGAUGACUUCAUGAUCGGCGCAAAGAUGAAGGAUUGGGACAAACAAAGCGAUUCCGACGACGAAUCCGAUUAAUUAAUGAUCAUUUAAUUUAGCGGCAAAUCUAUUUUGAAUAUAUUAAUUAUGAA